AUGCUAGGACUGGCGUGGACUAGGUGCUGCUUUAUUUUUGUACUGCUGGGAGCCUCACUGAGGCUCGGAGCGCCUCAAAAUGCAGAAACGGAAUCCAAGGUGAACUCAAUCAAAACGACUCUGCUGGGAGAGCCUCCAACUUCGGUUACGAACCGUAGCGGGAGUGCAGUCACCAAGAAAGGCAACCACCCCGCACAGGGGUACCCCUGCAGCAGCGAUAAGGAGUGCAGUUUGGGCAGCUACUGCCAGAGCCCCCAGCACUCCCCAUCCCGCUGUCUUACCUGCAGGAAGAGGAAGAAGCGUUGCCACAGAGAUGCCAUGUGCUGCCCUGGCAACCGUUGCAGCAACUAUAUCUGUGUUCCUGAAUCAGAAAGAGUUCUCUCCCCUCAUAUACCAGCAUUAGAGGACCACAACAAGCUUUCAACCAAGGACUGGAGGAAGGGUGGAAAAACACAGCCGAAGCUUGCUCUUGUCAAAGCCCAUGAGGGGGACCCCUGCCUGCGCUCGUCAGACUGCGCAGACGGCCACUGCUGCGCCCGCCACUUUUGGACCAAGAUCUGCAAGCCGGUGCUGCGGCAGGGGGAGGUGUGCACCCGGCAACGCAAGAAGGGCGCGCACAGCCUGGAGAUCUUCCAGCGCUGCGACUGCGCCAAGGGCCUCUCCUGCAAGGUGUGGAAGGACGCCACCUCCUCCUCCAAGUCCAGACUGCACAUGUGCCAGCGGGUGUGA